AUGGCAGAUGAUGCUGAUGGAGGACUUGUGGUACCUAACCCCCUCCCUCUCAACUCACACUUUGCCCCCACAGCGUACACUACACCGUCAUGUGUACGACUACCUGCCAUCACGGCUAACAACUAUGAGAUUAAGCCUGGGAACGCCAAACAUUGGCUUAGUACUUUGCCAACUAAUUCUAUAACAUCGUGGGCGCAAAUGAGUGCGGCAUUCCUUAAGAAAUUCUUCCCCAUAGGAAAAACACUCAGACUUCGGCAAGAGAUUACCACUUUCCAACAAGCUGAGAAUGAACAGUUCUAUGAGGCUUGGGAGAGAUAUGGGGAUCUCAUUCGUAAGUGUCCGCACCAUGACAUACCUAAGUGGCAAUUAGUACAGAGUUUUUAUUCUGGGCUGCAUCCGCAGCAUCGUGUGAUGGUUGAUGCCUCAUGUGGAGGCUCUGUGAUGGUUAAGAAUGAAGAGGAUGCCUGGCAGUUAUUUGAAACUAUGAGCGAAGGGUCCCUGCAAAAUGUUUCUUUUGAGAGCAGAACUAAGUCAGUCAUUACUGGUUCUGAUAAGCCACGAGGCAUGUAUGAGAUUAAACCAUCUCAUGACCUCCAAUCUAAAGUGGAUGCACUGACUGAGAAAGUUGAACAGCUUCUCACCAAGGAAUUGGCCACCUCACAGCCUCCACCUUAUCAGGAGGCAUGUUCUUUAUGUGCUAGUCCGGCCCAUUAUAUUGUUGACUGUCCUGCAGCACCACAAUUCCCUUUGUUUGUGCAAGAACAGGUUAAUGCUGCACAAGGGUAUGCCAAUGCGCAGGGUUUCUCCAAACCGGGUAAUGAUCCUUUUUCCACUACUUAUAACCAGGGAUGGAGCAAACAUCCCAAUUUCUCAUGGAAGACGGAACACCAGGGUAAUAGUUUUGCCCAGCAGCCUAGGCCAUUCAACAUGCAGUUUAACCCUACGGCCUAUCUCUCACAGAAUCAGCAGCAAGCACAUCCCCAAUCCUCGCGGGAUCCAUCCUUUGAGGAAAAGGUGCUACAAGCGCUUGGUAGACUAAAUGACACCCAACAACAAGUGCGCACCAACACACAGUCCAUCGCAAGGUUAGAGACCCAAGUGGGUCAAAUAGCCAAUGCACUCAAUCGUAGGGAAGAAGGUAGGUUGCCCAGUCAGCCUGUCUAA